AUGUUACUUUUUCUAAUUUUUCCUACAGUAACUCUUGCACUUUUUGGGCCACAAGAUAGUGUUUAUAAUGAAACUGAAGCUAAACUUUUAUUGAAUUUAUCAGCUGCUGCAUAUUCAACUGAUCCAACACCAUGUAUUCAAAGGUAUUUACUUAUGCUUUGUGAUCCAUAAAAUUUUAUGAUUUUUUUCAGAACAUUUCCUUCGAACGAGAAUACUCAAGUGGCAACUUCUUUUUCUGUGAAAUGUGAUUUUGUUGGAAAUCCAUGUGCUGGAUAUGUUACAGUUUCCACAGUACUCCAACAAAUUACAGUUGUUUUUCGAGGAACAAAAACAAAUGUUUGUUGGGAAUUGUAGUUUUUUUUAAUUGAACUAUUUUUUCAGAGUCAAUUAAUUUUGGAAGGAUGGGCGACAACUCAACCAAGUUCAGAUUUUUAUGGAUUAGGAUUAGUUAACCGAUAUUUCAAAACAGGACAUGAUAAGACAUGGGAUUAUGUUCAAGGUGUAUUGAAUAAUACACAAUAUGCGGUGGGGAAAAACAUAUUAUUUUUGUUAAAAUUAGAAAAUAUUUUCAGAACUAUGAUGUUUAUGUGACAGGUCAUUCACUUGGUGGCGCACUUGCUGCUCUUGCUGCUCCUCGAAUCGUUUCAUCUGGACUUCGUCAACGUAAUCAAGUCAAAGUAACUACAUUUGGUGAACCACGUGUUGGAAAUUUAGUUUUCUCAAAGAAUUAUGAUCAAUUGCUUCCAUAUUCUUUCCGAGUUGUUCAUUCAACUGAUAUUGUUCCACAUCUUCCGGGUUGUGUUAAAGAUUUAUCAUAUGUUCCACCAGAAGGAAGUGAUGGAUCAAUGCCGUGUGAUCCAGUUAGUACAAAUGGUGGAUAUCAUCACGCUCUUGAAAUUUGGUAUCCAAUGAAUAUGACAACUGGUUCACCAUAUAAUGUUUGUACUGGUUCACCUCACGAUGAAGAUUUUACAUGUUCCGAUGCUGCUAAAGUAUAUUUUAAUGAUACAACUCUUGCUAUUUGGAAUCAUCGAAACUAUUUUGCUGUUGAAGUUCCCGAUUUUGGAAAAGGUGGAUGUAAUCCAACAAUGACUUUCGAAGGACCUCCAACAACUCAAGGUAUUAAAGGAUUGGUAUCAAGUUUAUUCGGAAGAAAAUGA